AAAAUGGCAGAAGGUGAGGAUAUCCAGCCCCUUGUCUGUGACAAUGGAACUGGCAUGGUCAAGGCUGGUUUCGCUGGAGAUGAUGCUCCAAGGGCUGUUUUCCCUAGCAUCGUCGGCCGGCCGCGCCACACCGGCGUGAUGGUCGGCAUGGGCCAGAAGGACGCGUACGUCGGAGACGAAGCUCAGUCGAAACGAGGCAUUUUAACGCUCAAGUAUCCGAUCGAGCACGGCAUCGUGAACAACUGGGACGACAUGGAGAAGAUCUGGCAUCACACUUUCUACAACGAGCUCCGCGUGGCGCCGGAGGAGCACCCGAUUCUGCUCACCGAGGCGCCGCUGAACCCCAAGGCCAAUCGCGAGAAGAUGACCCAGAUCAUGUUCGAGACCUUCAACGCUCCGGCGAUGUACGUCGCCAUCCAGGCCGUGCUGUCGCUCUACGCCAGUGGCCGAACGACAGGCAUCGUGCUGGAUUCCGGCGACGGCGUGAGCCACACUGUGCCCAUCUACGAAGGCUACGCGCUCCCGCACGCGAUCCUUCGCCUGGACCUCGCCGGCCGCGACCUGACCGAUGCUCUGAUGAAGAUCUUGACGGAGCGCGGGUACUCGUUCACGACGUCGGCCGAGCGCGAGAUUGUCCGGGACAUCAAGGAAAAGCUGGCGUACAUCGCGCUGGACUACGAGCAGGAGCUGGAGAUGGGAAAGACCAGCUCGUCCCUGGAGAAGAACUACGAGCUGCCCGACGGCCAAGUGAUCACCAUCGGGGCGGAGCGGUUCCGCUGCCCGGAGGUGCUUUUCCAGCCGUCGAUGAUCGGGAUGGAAGCCGCAGGGAUCCACGAGACCACCUACAACUCGAUCAUGAAGUGCGACGUGGACAUCAGGAAGGAUCUGUACGGCAACAUCGUGCUGAGCGGCGGAACCACCAUGUUCGCCGGCAUCGCUGACAGGAUGAGCAAGGAGAUCACCGCACUGGCGCCGAGCAGCAUGAAGAUCAAGGUGGUGGCGCCGCCGGAGAGGAAGUACAGCGUGUGGAUCGGAGGAUCCAUCCUGGCAUCUCUAAGCACUUUCCAACAGAUGUGGAUUGCAAAGGCAGAGUACGAUGAGUCUGGGCCUUCCAUUGUUCACAGGAAAUGCUUUUAAGUCUAGUUGUCGUUGUUCCGCAACACGACUACUCACUGGGAUCAGAGGCAUUGCUCAGAUCUUCAACUGAAUUAUCUGUCGAGUAGAUGCUAUUUUUUUUUUUUUUGCUUGAUUACAUUUUCUGUUUUGGGGGAAUAUGGCUAAUAAA